UUGUAGUGAUUUAGGUAACACGAUGUGCUACAAGUCUGCCAGAGCCCCAUAGUAACCGGGGCAUUAUUCACCCCCUCUAACCAGUACGGCGUGGAGAAACUGACGAUGAAGAGAAUGAAGGCGAUGCAGACGACGAUUAGAGCGUUGAGGGUCCACAGCUUCACCAUGGCCGUAUCCUCACCCCACCACCAUGGUCCGGGGAUCGGGUGAUAGUGGGCGCCGGAAGAGCAGGGGAACGGUUGUUUUGGGUCGUGGGGUAGAUGUAAGCUGGCAGACACACCGAGAGGCUGAACCACGGAGGAUGAGUGGAUGUGAGAUAAACUUGGACUGAGCGCCCACCCCACAAGUAGAGAGGACAGUCAGACAAUAGUCCACAGUUGUACACUCACACACUAGUCCAUUGGCGCACGGCUCUCUGACCCACUGUUACUGUUUACGCACACACACUAUCUGUAUAUGAGUAAGAGAAUCCUGGUUUGUAGUCCCGCUAGGUAAUUGUACCACGACUACACACGUAAUUCCUUCACAAUGCCGUACAGUGCUAGCGAUUUUCUACACGUCUCCUCUGCACUGGCUGAACAGGUGGGGACAAUGUUUGAGUUAUAAUCUUAGGUAAGGCCAAGGUAAGCGGGGCUGGCUGGGUGGAGCUCCACUUUUAUCUUGUCGAAUCUCCACAGCAACUAGUGAAAGUCUCGCGCUAUGUAUUGUAGUUUGGGAAUAAUGCUGAGUAUCAGUGGCCUGUCGGUCUCAGUAAACGGCUGAUGCACCUAUUAUCUGAAGAAACACCUGAUAUAAUCUUACCUGAGGACAGCGUUCUCUGCAACAAUCCGACAAGGUGUUUUCAGUCAGUCUGCGCAGAGUGAAUUUAUGUGAAUGCAUCCAGGAAAUUAAAGAAAAGUCAUGUAUUUAAAUAGCCCCUGAUAUGCCCUUGUCUGUUUCACUUGACGCAUCUAAUUAGGCCACGAAGUAACUCAAGCGUGACAGGUGAGUGAAAAAAACGUAAGAAGCCAUGGGAAAAGUCGUCCUACAGGUUGAUUAGCUUUUGUUUCUGUUUUCGUCGGUAUGACUGUAUCAUACAUAUACCUAGCUGCGUCUUCUAAGGUGUAGACGGCCAUAUUUGACGGAGUGUUAAAGAUGGGGUCCGUAUACACGUACAAAGACACGUCGGGGUUCUAUACCCGGGGUCCGCUGAUCUACGCCAGCCCAUCGGUGUUCGAAGGGAUGAAGGCGGACUGUAGCGCCGUGUCACGCCUGGCCCGCCUCGGACUCUUGAUUCUGCUCUUAGCUUUCCUCCUUCACCUGAUCGGCUUCACAACGCCAGCCUGGUUCCUGCCCGACCCCACCUUCACCGACACUUUCCUGGGCUUACAUGUGACGGGCCUCGGCAUCUGGGAGGUGUGCGGUACCCAGGACUAUACUUCAUUCUGUAUUUUCCUACAAAAUCGUGAUGAUUGGCGUUACUCCGUGUAUGUGAGGGCCGGCUGGCACUACGCCGUCCAGGUCCUCGUUGUCCUCGGUUUCAUCUCCUCCAUCCUCCCACUGGCUCUUCUCAUCCUCUACAUGAUCCGGCGGAACCUCACUCGCCGUCGGACAAUCCUCAUCGUCACUAUUGCCUUCUCCCUUCUGUCAGGCAUCUUAAUCCUGGCUGCUAUAAUCGUGUACGGUAUGAACAUGACUAAGGACGGCGGCGACCUGAGCUGGUCAUUCGGCCUCACCGCGGCGGCAGGCACUCUAUUCAUCCUCGGAACCAUCCCUCUGUUCGUGGACCUCUUCCUCCGCGACAAGGCACACGUGGAGAGGUUACCUUGA